AUGGGCGGUGUGGGGUUCCCUACUCUGGCCCUUCUCCUCAUCCUUCCCCUGGGUCAGAAACAUCUACUUGCCAAAGGCCAAUGUGACGGCUCGCAGUUCCAGUGUGCUAAUGGCCAGUGCAUAGACCUGGACUGGAGAUGUGAUGGCACCAAGGACUGCACUGAUGACUCAGACGAGGCCAACUGCCCGGCAGCCUCAUGUGGGCCUCAGCAGUUUAAGUGUGUGUCUGGUGGUGAGUGCAUCCCUCUAGCGUUUGUGUGUGACGGUGAAAACGACUGCACGGACGGAUCAGACGAACAGAGGAACUGCAAUGGACGUACCUGUGGGCCACACCAGUUCACCUGCCAGGAGGGCCAGUGUAUCCCUAAGCAGUACAGGUGUGACCAUGUCAAGGACUGUUUGGACAACUCAGAUGAAAACAACUGCAAUUACCCGAGCUGCACAGAGAAGACAUGUGCCAACGGGGCCUGUUACAACAACACACAGCACUGCAAUGGAGUACCGGACUGCAGGGAUGGAUCUGACGAGAACAACUGCACAACGAUCCACUGUGGUCUGCACGAGUACCAGUGCACUAACGGUUACUGCAUCCCCUUGACGUUUGUGUGUGACCACUGGGACGACUGUGGUGACAACAGCGAUGAAGAGGGCUGUGUGUACCAGACCUGCAGUGGCUCCCAGUUCACCUGUUCGAGUGGCCGCUGCAUCCCUCAGAGCUGGGUCUGCGACGCCUUCAACGACUGUGGAGACUACAGUGACGAGAAAGGAUGUGACGGUAACAGCAGGGAAUGUUACCCGGGGGAAUGGCCCUGUCCGGGCUCCUCAGCAUGUGUGGCCGUGGAGAAAGUGUGUGACGGCCGCCCCGACUGCCCAGGAGGCACAGAUGAGACCAACACCACAGCUCAGCUGACCUGCGGCCUUCAGCAGUGUUCCGCUCUCAGCUGUGAGUUCCGUUGCCAUGCCACCCCGCAGGGCGGGGCCUGCUAUUGCCCAGAUGGCUACAUCGUGGCCAAUGACAGUCGCUCCUGCGUAGAUUAUAACGACUGCAACAUCUGGGGAAUCUGUGACCAUUUCUGUGAGGAUCGGCCGGGGACCCACCACUGCAGCUGUGCUAAUGGAUACUUCCUGGAACAGGGCCACAUAUGCAGGGCAAACAUAUCAGAUGGGCUUCCUCAGCUGAUCUUCACUGAUGGACGUGAUGUCAGGAUGGCGGAUGUGCAUGGGCGGUUCCUCAGGACACUCGUCCAAUCGCCUGGCAAAGGCUAUGCUGUGGGUGUGGCCUACCACUGGCUCAGCCAUCGGGUGUUCUGGUCUGACACCAAUGUUCAAAAGGUGUUCUCCAUAAACAUGGACGGCAGUGACCAGCGCGAGGUGCUGUCCUAUGCGGUGCACAGCGUGCAAAGCAUGGCGGUGGACUGGAUUAACUUCAAGCUGUACCUGCUGGAGUCGCGCGUGGAGCGCAUCGAGGUUUGCAACUUCGACGGCAGCGACCGCGUCGCCAUCGUGGCCGAAAACCUGGAGAACCCCCACGGCCUGGCCUUGGACCCCACGGUCGGGUACAUGUUCUUCACGGAUGCCCUGGGCUAUGGCAGCACUGACGUGAAGGUGGAGAGGGCCUUCAUGGACGGCAGCAACCGGCUGGAGCUGGUGAAGUCUCGGGUGGGUAACCCCACCGGCAUCACCCUGGACCUGGCAACCAAGAGGGUCUACUGGACCGACAAGCACUUUAACAUGGUGCAGACGGUCACCUACGAUGGCCUGGACAGGAAAAUUGUGCUGAACGGAGGCCACCAGGUGCCCCAGCCGUUUGGCCUGACAGUGUUUGAGAACCACGCCUACUUCACUGACUGGACCAAGAUGGGGGUGAUCCGCACCAACCGCUUCAACGGCAGCGACCCCACGCUCCUCUUCCCCACCGCCAGCAGGCCAGGGCAGAUAGUGGCCGCACAGGCUACCCUGCAGCCCAUGGUGAUGAACCCGUGUGGCCGCCACAACGGAGGAUGCCAGCAUAUCUGUGUGCUGAGCCACCGCACCGACAAUGACGGCCUGGGCUACCGCUGCAAGUGUCGCCUUGGAUACGACCUUCAACCUGACCUGCGCACCUGCUUCAAGGUGCGAGACUUCCUGUUGGUGGCUACCCAGCAUGCCGUGCGGGGCAUCCCCCUCAACGUGUCGCAGCAGGAGGACGUGACUCUGCCCCUGGCGGGCCUGGGCGUGGUCUUCAGCUCCUCAGGGGUGGAGUACGAUGCCAGUGAGGAGGCUGCCUUCUAUAAUGAGCGUGGACGAGCACUCAUCUACAAGGGCGCCAUCAACGGAACACAUGAGCAGAUUCUGUCGGGGUUCCGCAUAGGUAUGGUGGAGUCUAUGGCGUAUGACUGGACGUCCAAGGUUCUGUUCUGGACCUCCAGUACCUACAAGGCCGUCUCUGCCUUCAAAGUGACGGACGGUUGUAGACGUGAGAUUGCGGAGAACCUCAAGAACCCCCGUGGGAUUGCGGUCCACCCCAGCGCAGGGUACCUGUUCUGGUCAGAUUGGUACCGCCCGGCCGUCAUCACAAGAGCCUACACUGACGGCAGCAAUGCCAUCCCCCUCAUCAACACCACUCUGGGAUGGCCCAAUGGACUCGCCAUAGACUACAUGAUGGACCGGCUGUACUGGGUGGAUGCCCUGCUGGAUCGGAUUGAGUUUGUGUCCAUGGACGGCUCAGACCGGCAGGCCUUCACCAGCAUCGGACAGAUCACACAGCCCUUCUCCCUCACCAUACACACAGACCACCUGUUCGUGUCGGACUGGAGGACCAAGUCAGUGUACCGCAUGAGGAAGCGCGAUGGAGGGAACAUCAUAGUUCUGCGUAGCGGCAUCGACGGGGUGAUGAACGUGAAGGCCUACCAGGCUGAUAUACAGAGCUUGUUCAACAGCCGCUGCAACAUCCAGCCCAACGGCCUGUGCAGCCACUUCUGCUUCCCCACCCCCGCCUCCGGCCGCGUCUGCGGCUGCCCCUACGGCAUGAAGCUGCAGGACAACCAGCGCGACUGCGUCAAGGACGACUCUGUGACGCCCCCCGAUGUCACCUGCGGGGACUACUCCUUCCCCUGCGAUGGCGGACGCUGCGUGCCAAACUCCUACAGGUGUGACGGGCAGAAGGACUGCUAUGAUAACACGGACGAGACAAACUGCACUGACACUGGUAUGACGUGCUCCCCCAGGGCCUUCACCUGUGCCAAUAAGCACUGUAUCCAAAUGAGGUGGCGCUGUGACGGCCAGGACGACUGUGGCGACGGCUCUGAUGAGGUGAACUGCCCUACCAAGAAGCCCACCACCUGCAGUUCCCUGCAGUUCCCCUGCGACAACGGAAAAUGCAUCCCCAAGACCUGGGUGUGUGACAUGGACAACGACUGUGGAGAUGGCUCGGACGAGAGACAAUGCAAUGGGACCAUCUCCACGUGUCCGCCCGGUUUCUUCCUGUGUCCAGACCACCGCUGCAUCUCCAACUCCUAUGUGUGUGACGGAGACCAAGACUGCAUGGAUGGAUCUGAUGAGAAGGACUGUGAGUUCUCCUGCUCCUCAUCCCAGUUUGCGUGUGCCAGUGGCGACCAGUGCAUCAGCAAGAACUACCGCUGUGACGGCGUGUUCGACUGCAGAGAUCACUCCGACGAGAGAGGAUGCCCCACCAGGGGGCCAGGCCUGUGCCACGACAACGAGUUUCAGUGCCAGGUGGACGGGCUGUGCGUGCCGGGCUCAUGGGAGUGCGACGGGCAUCCCGACUGCGAGGACGGCUCUGACGAGCACCACGGCUGCCCGCCGCGCACCUGUCGCCCCGGCUACUUCCGCUGCACCAACGGCAACUGCGUGCCGCCGCAGUGGGUGUGCGACGGCGACAACGACUGCCGGGACAUGAGCGACGAGCAGGACUGUCCCACGCCGCCGUUCAGCUGCCCCGCGGGACAGUGGCUCUGCCCCACCGACCAGGUGUGCAUCGCCAACGCCCAGGUGUGCGACGGGCAGAGGGACUGUCCCAACGGAGCCGACGAAUCACCUCUCUGCAACGGUGACGACUGUGCAGUAGCUAACGGUGGCUGCAGUGACGGCUGUAUCCAGGGCCCGUUUGGAGCCCAGUGCACGUGCCGUCCGGGCUUCCAGCUGCUGAACGACUCCAAGACGUGCGAUGACAUCGACGAGUGCCUGAUUCCCGGCUUCUGCAGCCAGCAGUGCUUUAACGAGCGCGGCUCCUUCCGCUGCUACUGCAUGGACGGCUACCUGCUGGAGCCAGACAACCGCACUUGCAAGGCCAGGAACCCCAUUGAGGCCACGUUACUGGUGACCAAGCGUAGUCAGAUCAUCGCUGACCGCAUCAACUUCCGUCCACCCAUCGUGCAGCCUAUCGUGAGCGGCUCCAACAUUGUCUCUGUGGACUUCGACCGGCUCACCAAGAGAAUCUACUGGGCAGACGCCUCCCAGAAGAUGAUAUGGAGCUCCUUCCAGAACGGCACCGACAAGAGGAAGGUGUUCACCACGGGGCUGAUGGUGCCAGAGACCAUAGCCGUGGACUGGGCCGCUCGGAACCUGUACUGGGUCGACUCGGUCAUGCAGACCAUUGAGGUGUCCACCCUCGACGGACAGUUUCGGAAGAUCCUCUUCAGCAAGAACAUCACCAGCCCUCGAGGCCUUGCACUAGACCCUCGGAACUACACCAAUACCAUAUUCUGGUCAGACUGGGGUCAGAACCCGCGUAUCGAGCGUGCAGACAUGGAUGGGUUUGGGCGGCGUGCGAUCGUGACGACCAAGCUGUACUGGCCCAACGGCCUGACGCUGGACUUCACCACUCGGCGCCUCUACUUCGCAGAUGCCUACCUCAAGUACAUCGACUACUGUGACUACGACGGAAAUAAUCGCCACCAAGUGUUUGCCAGCGACGCAAAUCUGCAGCAUCCCCACGGCAUGACGGUGUUUGAGGACCACAUCUACUGGAGCGAGCGCUACACCAGCCGCGUCAUGAGGACCAACAAGUUCCACGGUGGCAAUGUCACCAUCCUGAUGACGAAUGUCUACCAGCCCAUGGGCAUGGUCAUGGACCACCACAUCAAGCAGCCCAACGUUAUUAACCCGUGUGCGAGCCACCUAUGUGACCAGCUGUGUCUGCUGGGCCAUCGGCGGCCGCGGUACUACACCUGUGCCUGCCAGUCCGGCUGGAACCUCAACGCUGACCAGCGCACCUGCACUAAAGAUGACACCCCCUUCCUGAUGGUGAUGAGGACGAGUGUGAUACAGGGCAUCUCUCUGAACCCCAACGACACCUCUAACAACGCCAUGCACCCCAUAUCCGGCAUCACGCAGGGGGUUGACUUCGACUUUGACGACAAGGAGCAGUUUGUCUACUGGGUGCAAGGCACGGGCCCGAUCUACAGAGUGAAGACUGAUGGCACCAACAGGACCCAGUUCGCCCCUGCUGGACUCAUGGGGUCCCCCUCAGGCCUGGCAUUUGAUUGGUUAAGCCGGAUGAUGUACUACACCAAUCCCACCAAUAAGGCGAUAGAGGUUAUCCGUGUGGACGGACGUCAGAACUUCCGGAGAACCCUCAUCACCAACACAGGGAAGCCAGAGGGGGCAGGACAGCCCAGAGGCAUCGUGCUGGACCCAGCCAGAGGGAAGUUGUUCUGGACAGACGUGGGAACAGACAGUGGGGUUCCCGCUAAGGUGGCGAGUGCAGACAUGGAUGGAGGGAACCUCAAGAACCUCUUCACAGGGAAUCUGGCUCACAUCGAGUUCAUCACCGCCGACAUAGCUGAGAGCAAACUCUACUGGGGCGUCGCCAGUACUGGAGUGAUCGAGUGUGGCACGAUGGACGGCGUGAGCCGCACCACCAUAGUGACGGGCCUGUCGCACCCCUGGGGCAUCAGCGUGCACGGCCCCCACCUCUACUACAGCGACCUGGACUAUGAGGUGGUGGAGCGCGUGGACAAGGCCACCGGAGGAAACAUGCUCAUACUGCGCAGCAACAUGCAGGGACUACGAGCUGUCAAGGUCCACGCCAGAGACAACUCUGCUGGCACCACCAAUGCCUGUAGCGAAAACAACGGUGGCUGCCCACAGCUUUGUCUGCCUAAGCCGGGUGGCCAGAAGACGUGUGCCUGCACCAUCGGCUUUGUGCCCUCCCAGGACGGCACCCGCUGCGAGCAAUACGAGUCCUUUGCCGUCGUGUCCACGCAGCGCAUGAUCCGAGGAUUCCACAUCAACAGCUCCGACCACUCCGAGGCCAUGGUGCCCGCAGCAGGAUAUUCCUAUACUGUGAUGGACAAGCUGGACCUGCACAUAGACUCUGGCUUUGUGUACUGGAUCGACAACAGCACCUCCAGCUCCUACCGCGGCAUUAACCGGAUCAAGACGGACGGCUCUCGCUACCAACGCAUAGUAUCCUCUGGGGUCGGCACCGGAGGCGUACAGGGGCUCGCCAUUGACUGGGCCGCAGGCAACCUGUACUUCACCAACGUGUUCCCGACGCAGACCUUCCUGGAGGUCCUCCGCCUCAACACCACGUACCGUCGGAUCCUCCUCAAGAGCUCCUCGGACCGGCCGCGGGAUCUGGCCGUGAGCCCCCGGCUCCGCUACCUGUUCUGGACGGACGCGGGCCAGAACCCCAAGAUAGAGCGCGCCCUGCUGGACGGCACCAACCGCACCGUGCUGACCGCCGAGAGCCUGUCCUCGCCCCGCGGCCUCACCGUGGACUACACCAACAAUCAGCUGUACUGGGCGGACGACGGGCUGGACAUGAUCUCCUGCAUGAACCCGGACGGUACCGAGCGACGCAUCGUGCUCUACGGCAGCCGCUACCCCGCCCCUUACGGCACCGCCAUCUUGGGAAACUACCUGCUCUGGGUCGACAGGAAGCUGGGCAAAAUCUUCCAGACCGUCAAGAUGGAUGAUGGCGGGAACGGUACUCAACAACGUGAGACGAUCCGAGACGGACUGCAGGGCCUGUCGGACGUGAAGGUGUUUGAUCCCCAUGUUCAGCCGAUGUCGGCACAGCAGCUGGACUUCCACCCGUGCCUGGAGGAUAACGGCCGCUGCCAGCAGUUCUGCUUCGGCAUGCCGGGUCAGACGCCCGCUAAAUGCGGCUGCGCCCAUGGCUCGUUGCUCAGCAACGGUGUCACCUGUGGCUAUGGACAGGAUGAGUACCUGAUCUACACCACCGACUACACGGUUAACAGCGGUCGGCUGGACCCGGACGACCACUCGGCUCCGUUCCCAGCCGUGUAUGUGGGGUCGGGUGUGAUGGCGACGGAGUUUGACUUCCCGGACCGGAGGGUGUUCUUCACGCAGUACCAGGGCAUCGGGCGGAGCAAGAUCGGAUACGUCAACACCGCAAUGCCUGGCACCCCACCAACAUUCAUCGCCACUAACCUGCAGGAUCCCGAGGGUCUGGCGUAUGACUGGAUCCAUAAGCGGCUGUAUUUCACUGACUACUACAACCGCAGUGUGCAGGCCAUGGGGGUGGACGGCCAGAACCGGGUCUUUGUGGCCCAUGCCAACCGACCCAGAGGCAUCGUGGUGGACCCCUGCUACGGGUAUCUGUACUGGACAGACUGGGCUUCACCUGCCAAGAUCGAGCGAGCCACGCUGGGCGGAAACUUCCGGACGGCCAUCAUCAACUCCAGCCUGUCCAUGCCCAACGCGCUCUCCAUAGACUACGAGGAGAGGCUGCUCUACUGGGCAGACUCCACUCUGGAUAAGAUCGAGCGUUCCUCCCUGACGGGGGAGAAUCGAGAGGUGAUCGUCAGUUACACCCAGUACCCGUUUGCGGUGAGCGUCUACAAGCAGGACAUCUUCUGGUCCGACUGGACCACACGGGCCCUUUACCGGGCCAACAAGGACGACGGCUCCGGCGUGGUGGUGAUGGUGGAGGGACUCCAGUACCGGCCCAACGACGUCCACGUCUUCAGCAGCUCCAAACAGCAGGCCUGCUCCAGCCCCUGCCAGCAGUUCAAUGGAGGGUGCAGCCAUGUGUGUGUGCCAGGUCCGGCGGGUGCGGAGUGCCAGUGUCCCCAGGGCAGCUGGUACCUGGCCAACAACGGCAAAGACUGCGUCAAGGACAACGGGCACCGCUGCCAGCCCGACCAGUUCACCUGCCUGGACGGAGGCUGCAUCAGCCCGAGGUGGAAGUGUGAUGGCUACCAGGACUGCUUUGACGGCUCUGACGAACUGGAGAGAGUUUGUGCUUUCCACACCUGUUCUGCCAUGGACUUCACCUGUGAUAACGGCCGCUGCCUGCCGCUGUCCUACGCGUGUGACUACGUGGACGACUGCGGUGACAACAGUGACGAGCGCGGCUGCCCGUUCCCCACCUGCCACCCCUCGGACGAGUUCACCUGCGCCAACGGACGAUGCAUCAGUGCCGCCUUCGUCUGCGAUGGAUUCAACGACUGCCGAGACAACGCAACCUCGGACGAGAUCAACUGCCCGGACAGAACCUGCUCCCCUUCCCAGGUGAAGUGUCAGAACACCAACAUCUGCCUGGAACCCAACCGACUUUGUGACGGCUACAACGACUGUGGAGACAACAGCGACGAGAACCCCAUCUUCUGCUUGAGCAGGACAUGUCCCCCAGACACGUUCCGCUGUGACCAGGGCAAAUGCAUCCCCCAGGACUGGGUGUGUGAUUACAUCAAGGACUGUGCAGACGGCACUGACGAGCCCAACUCCUGUGUUGACAUGGUGACCACCUGUGCGGUGGGACAGUUCACCUGUGUGAAUGGCAACUGCGUGCCCCCCUCCCUCGUCUGCGACGGCAACAACGAUUGUGGGGACGGCAGUGAUGAGGCCCCUGAGCUGCAGUGCGCUGACAGGACGUGUUCCCCUGGCCAGUUCGAGUGUCCUCCUCCGUGGCGUCCGGGUUUCCCGCGCUGCAUCUCCCGUAACCUGGUGUGUGACGGGGAGCGGGACUGCGCAGACGCCUCAGACGAGCUGCAGAACUGCCCCAACCGCACCUGCCACAUGGACGAGUUCGCCUGCGCCAACGGACUCUGUGUGCUACUACCUUACCGCUGUGACCGUGUGAAUGACUGCGGUGAUGGUAGUGACGAGAGGGGCUGCACCUACGAGACCUGCUCCAGUGAAGAGUUCACCUGCCAGAACGGCAUGUGCGUGCCCUCUUGGUGGAAGUGCGACGGCGCGGAGGACUGCCUGGACGGCUCGGACGAGCUGGAGUCUCUGUGCCACAGCGUGGUGCCCACCUGUGCCCCUGGCCAGUUCAUGUGCCAGACGGGCGAGUGUAUCGACAUCCACAAGGUGUGCAACCAGCAGAGGGACUGCUCGGACAACAGCGACGAGAAGGGAUGCGGCAUAAACGAGUGCAGGAACCCUGCCCUGAGCCAGUGUGCCCAGCUCUGCGAGGACACUCUGACAGGUUACCGGUGCUCGUGCGAGGCUGGCUACCGCCUGAUGCCCGACGGCAAGGCGUGCGAGGACGUGGACGAGUGCAACGAGACGCCCGCCGUGUGCAGCCAGAUCUGCGACAACGUGGUCGGCUCCUUCCGCUGCACCUGUGCACCAGGUUACCUGCGUGAGGCGGACGGUCGCACCUGUCGCCACAACAGCGGCGUGGCCCCUUACCUGCUCUACUCCAACCGCUACUACAUCCGCAACCUGACCACCGACGGGUCCUCGCUGUCCGUGGUGCUGCAGGGGCUCGGACAGGCGGUGGCGCUGGACUUUGACAGCGUGGACAAGCGACUCUAUUGGCUGGACGCCGGGAACAUGCGCAUCGAGAGGAUGCGAUUGGAUGGCACGGAGAGGGAGGUGGUGCACAAGCACGACCUGAUUGGUGCAGAGGGUCUGGCAGUGGAUUGGGUGGGCAGGAAGCUGUACUGGGUGGAUAACUACGCCCUUGCUCUGCACGUGUCCGAGUUGGAUGGUCGCUACCGCAAGAAGCUGCUGAGCGGCUGUCUGGAUCAGAACCAUACCUACUGCUUCACCAACCCACGCGGAGUGGCACUCAACCCAAAAUACGGGUGGUUGUACUGGACAGACUGGGGCUCCAGUGCGUACAUUGGCAGGGUGGGCAUGGAUGGCACCAACGCCUCUGCGCUCAUCACAGCCAAGCUGGAGUGGCCCAAUGCCAUCACCAUAGAUUACACCACCAACCGCAUCUUCUUUGCAGACUCACACCUCGGAUUCCUUGAUUACGCAGACAUGGAUGGUAAGAACCGGCACCGGGCCAUGGCAGGCUCCCUGCCCCAUCCCUACGCCAUCACCCUAUUCGAGGACACAGUGUACUGGACUGACUGGAACACACACUCGGUGGAGCGGGCCCACAAGUACACUGGCGCCGACCGCGUCCUCAUGGGCAACAACACACACCGGCCGUACGACAUCCACGUCUACCACCCGUACCGCCAGCCAAGAAGUACGAACCCGUGCUCCAACCACCAGCUCACGUGUAGUCACCUGUGCCUGAUCCGUCCGGGGGGGCAGGGGGCCACCUGCGAGUGCCCCGACCACUUCAUAGGCCUGGCCGUGGGCUUCAAGAUCCAGUGUGUGGCAGACUGCUCCAGCACACAGUUCCGAUGCGGAGACAACGAGAGGUGUAUUCCCAUCUGGUGGAAGUGCGACGGCCAAUCAGACUGCGGGGAUGGCUCUGAUGAACCGGAGACGUGCCCUCCCCGCCUGUGUCCCAUUGGUCGAUUCCAGUGUCGUGAUGGAAACUGCACCUACCCCAACUUCCUAUGUGACGCCCACCCCGACUGCCCCGACGGCUCAGAUGAGGAGCCUGCCCUCUGCAGUGAUCACCGCUGCCAGGAUAACCAGUUCCAGUGUAAGAAUAAGCAGUGCAUCCCGGUGGCGUGGCACUGUGACGGGGUGCAGGAUUGUGCAGACGGGAGUGACGAGGAGGCGCAGAGCUGUGCCCAGAAGACCUGCCGCCCGGGCCAGUUCCAGUGCAACAACGGGAGGUGCAUACCGCCCAGCUACGUGUGUGAUUACCAGGACGACUGUGGAGACCACUCGGACGAACCCUACGAGGAGUGCAUGGGGCCGGACCACAAGUGUGACCCGGACACAGAGUUCUCCUGUAAGGGUAACUACCGCUGUGUGCCCAAGUGGGCUGUGUGUGACGGCCAGAAUGACUGCAUAGACAACAGUGAUGAACAGGACUGUGCUGCUCUGACCUGUGACCCUGUUGGCGACUUCCGCUGCGACAACCAUCGCUGCGUUCCUAUUCGCUGGCAGUGUGACGGCAGAAACGACUGCGGAGAUGGCUCGGACGAAAAGGACUGUGCCCCUCGGCCAUGCUCUGAGAGUGAGUAUCGCUGUGACAACCAGCAGUGCAUCCCCGGUGCCUGGGUGUGUGACCAUGACAACGACUGCGGUGACAACUCUGAUGAGCGUGACUGUGAGCUGAAGACGUGCCGUCCCGACUCCUUCCAGUGCAUGUCUGGUCACUGCAUCCCCGCUGACCUCAAGUGUGACGGCCGCCCUGACUGCCUGGACUUCUCAGAUGAAACCUUGUGCCCCACACGUUUCCCAGGUGGUCGCUGGUGCCCAGUGAGCCAGUUCCAGUGCAAGAACCGGCUGUGUGUGAGCCAGAACUACGUGUGUGACGGCUACAACGACUGUGGAGACCGCUCCGACGAGGAACUCAGCCUCUGCUGGAACAUAACGUGUGAGCUGCCGUCUAAGUUCCGCUGUGACAACGGCUACUGCAUCUACGCAGGCCUCAUGUGCAACCAGAAGGACGACUGUGGAGAUGGCAGCGACGAGAAGGAGGAAAACUGUCGGGAGCCUACACAGGCACCCUGCACCACGGACCAGUUCAAGUGCACCAAUGGGAACUGCAUCGCCCUGCCUUAUGUCUGCGACUUCAACAACAACUGUGGAGACCUCACCGAUGAGCUGGGCUGCAAUUUUGGCCAUGACCGCUCGUGUGAGGAGAAGCUGUGUAAGCAUGAGUGCACCAACCUGAAUGGCACCGGCUUCAUCUGCUCCUGCAGACCCGGAUACACUGUGGACCCCUCCAGCACAUUCAACUGCAAUGAUAUAAACGAGUGUGAGGUCUUCGGCACGUGUCCCCAGUUGUGUAAGAACACUAAGGGGGGCUAUGACUGUGACUGUGCAGCUGGCUACCGCAAGGUGGGGGAUGGGAAGCAGUGUGAGGCAGAAGGUCCCGGGCCGCUGCUCUUGCUGCCUGAGAACAUCCGUAUCCGGCGCUUCAACCUGCAGACGGAGGAGUACCACGACUUCCUCCAGGAGCAGGAGCACAUCAUGGCUCUGGACUAUGACUGGGACCAUAACAACACAGGACUCAGUAUGGUGUACUUCACGGUGGAGGGUAAAGGCUCUAAGGCAGGGGCUUUGAAGAGGGCCUACCUGCCUAUCGUAGACGACCACAGCAAUAACCUAGCAGCCGCUGUUACCCUGGACAUCAAAUACAUCAUCAAACCCUAUGGCAUCGCAGUGGACUGGGUCGGCAGGAACCUGUACUGGGCGGACUCCCAGGUGAGGCGUCUGGAGGUGGCCAUGCUGGACGGCCGCUACAGGAAGCACCUGGUCAAGACGGACCUGGGCCAGCCGGGGGCCGUAGCCAUCAACCCACGACUCGGGCUGCUGUUCUGGGUGGAUAACGGUGACAACCCGCGCAUCGAGAGUGCCUGGAUGGAUGGUCAGAACCGGAAGGUGUUGGUGGAGAGCAGUCUGGGCUGGCCCACGGGCCUCUCCAUCGACUUCACCAACAACGACCGGCUCUACUGGUCCGAUGCCAAGGAGAGUCGCAUUGAGUCCAUCCUGCCUGAUGGGAAAGACCGCAGAGUCGCUGUCUACAUUGAUGUGCGUAACCCGCUCAGUGUGACGGUGUUUGAGGACCACGUGUACUGGAGUACCCAGGAGAAGGGCGAGGUGUUCCGGCAGGAUAAGUUUGGCAAGGGCCCCAAGACCCUGCUGCUCACCGCCGGGCCCUGGCUGACCCAGGUCAACGUCUACCAGCAGCAGAGAUACAACUCCAUCAACAUGCGUAACCCGUGUAAGGGUUCGUGUAGUCACCUGUGUCUGCUGCGUCCUGGUGGCUACACCUGUGCCUGUCCAGAGGGCACCAGCCUCAGCCCUGGUAGCAACACUGUGUGUGACGCAGGUUUUGAUCCACCCCCCACUAUGCCUCCCCCAUGUCGGUGCCAGAAUGGAGGAACCUGCUACUUUGAUGACAACAAGGCACUCUGCAAAUGUCCUCUGGAGUGGGAGGGAGAUUACUGCGAGAGGAGCAUCUUUGGAGUGGUAACAGCCUCAGUGGCCAUAGCGCUGGGUGUGACGGCCCUGGUGGCUCUCUUGCUGGGCGGUCUGCUGUUGGCUGCCCAUAAGAGAUCCAAGAUCAUGGAGAUGGUACACAGUGCCAACGUGCCCAAAGUCCGCAUGCCGUCCUUCACCAUGCCCUCAGUCAGCAUACCCACAUUCAGCAUGCCUGGCUUUAGGAGGUCGGCCCCUGCUGAGACCGAGGAGGGAGGAGAGGAGACACACCCCGACCCCAAAGCGGACCCCUCUGCUGAUGUGGAGGAGGGGGAGGUGGGGAAGACUUUUGAGAACCCUGGCUACGUGGAGGAGAACGAGGACGGGAACAUUUCCCCCAGGGCGGUGCCCACCUACGUAGUAGGCCUUCCUCAGGAGAGCAUUGAGAACCCUGUGUAUGCCACGGACACCACCGUAGUGUGUGAGGUCCUCCCCACCACCACCUCUGCUGCUCCUGCUCCUGCUCCUGCUGCUGCUCCUGCUCCUGCUCCUGCUCCUGCUCCACAGCCCAAUGGAAACGGCAUACACGCCAACGGCAAAGCAGUACCAGUGAAAUCACAGCCUGAAGAGUCUGCAUUUGAGAACCCAGCCUACUCACAGACAGAGCAGAAACCCACAGAGGCCAUCCCUGUUGGAGCCCUGGUAGAAGAGGAGGUGCAGGAGGUGCUGACGCCUGGGGAGGCUGUCCCUGUCGCAGCUCUGAUAGGAGAGGAGGUGCAGGAAGAGCAGGAAACAGGACAUGAAGAACAGCAGGAGCCAGGACAGGAGGAUGAGGAGAAGGGGAGGAGAAAGGGUAAAAAGGAGGAGGAGGCAGCAGAGGAGGUAACAGACUUGUGUUUCUCUAGUGGCAAAGAGACAGGAGGAGGCAAAGAAGUCAAGAAACAGCCUCCUCUUUUUUUCAAGUGGUUGAUAGGGAAGGAGGCUAAGGACCAGGAGAAUGAGGAGCAGUGUUGCUCGCAGAAUUUUUGUUAG